AUGCCUCGUCUGUGCGAGGACUCGGACAACACGGGGACCCCCCCGGAUGAGACUGCGUGCGGGCGUAGAACCCGUUCCAGCUCCAGCUUCGGGAGCCUCCACUCCAAGGUCUCGGGCUACAGCUCCGAGUACGCGCGGAGCGUGAGUGUGUCCGAGCCGACCCGCAGACGCAAGUUUUCUUCCAGCAGCAGCGGCCUCUCCUCGGGCCCCAGCAGUGCCGCAGAGAUGGAAGCCGGGGUCCGAGAUCUGCCCUUCGACAAGCCCCCCCGUCCCUUCCGGCCCCCCGACCGCUUGCUGAGGAGGAAGAAGGAGACCCAGGAGAGUUUACCGUCGUGGAUCAGUGAUACCAGGGUGAACGCCGAUGACAUUGUGGAGCGGAUCGUGCAAACGCAGGACUUCAGCGACACCAGCAACUCUGAGGACAGUGGACUACAGCUGUUCGUAGGACGAGAUGGGACGACCUUGUUCGGGGGCGUGCAGUUAAACAACAGACACUCAGUCAGUGACUACAUGCCGGUGAUAAUCAGUGGCCACUGAUAUCAGGAUGAGCCGUGGUGGGAUCGGAUUGUGCCCUUCAUCUCCGGGAACCUGGAAGAGCGCCGCUCGGAAGGAGGAAUAGAUGGACUGGAUGGGAGGGGGGUGGAAAACAUUGGGAACGUCUCCAGAGAGGACCACUCCCAACCCUACAGAAGAUCAGUGGGAAGCCAUCUCCUCUGGUCCCCACCAACCCAUGUAGACCCACCACGCAGGGAUCAUUGGGUUCCCCUUGCCCCCUCUACUCCCUGGGCUGGCCGAGAGGGGUAGGGGGGGCAACAGCUGACCAAUAUCCAUGGGGGGGGAGGGGCAAAUAGUCACAGUCCAGUCAAAUCCAGAGCAGAGAGUUCAAAUCCCACCUGGGUCUUCAGAGUCGAGACACAAAGCUUGCUGGAGUAACUCAGCGGAACAGGCAGCAUCUCUGGAGAAAAAUCACACGUGCUGAGAGAAUGGAGCGGCAGGGAUUGUCCACUCUGGGAGUUUAGAAGGAUGAGCGGGUAUCUUAUUGAAACA